AUGUCUCCCAGUCAUUCUAGAAUCAGUUCCUUCGAUCUUAGCAGCAGAAUCAGCAAUCUCAGCAAUGCUAGUGAUUCCAGUGAAGACUCUUGUACUCUCCUCUUGCCACCAACCGACGUUUCGUCUCUCCUUAAUGAAAAGAUAAGGAAAGGAUCUGCUGAAGUAGAGAGGAACGACUCUGGCGUCGGUUCAGAGACCAGUAGGAGUCGGUGGCAGCACCUGAGCGGUAUUCGGGAGGAUCAGCAACACUCUUGUGAAGACUGCGACCAGCCAGUGGAAACUCAAGUGACCCAAAGUGGAGUAAUGUUUGCUCCCCUGGUAUGCCGGAAGUGUUCCAAACGAAGAACCGAAAGGAGGGAGAUCAUCACCGAGAUCGUUGAGACAGAGGAGAAGUACGGUCGGGAUCUGAGGAUCAUUCUGGAGGAGUUCUAUCGGCCGAUGCAAGUAGCUGGCCUGCUCACCUCGGAGCAACUGUCCGCCAUAUUCCUGAACACAGAGGAACUGCUUGAGCACAACUCCAUCCUUGCUGAGAAAUUGAGGGACGCCCUGGAGAUCGCGGUUGAGCAGGGGGAUGAGGAUCUCCUCACAGUGAAUGUUGGCAGCCUCUUCCUGGAAGCAUCACCAAUGCUGCACGCCUUUGAGAGUUAUUGUACCCGACAGGGAUCAGCAUCCAUGCUCUUGACUAAUCUUGAAAAAGAAAAGGAACUUUUAAGAAUAUUCUUAAGAGUAUCUCAAAUGGAAAACAGUGUUCUUCGGAGAAUGAACCUCAAUUCCUUUUUAAUGGUUCCUGUGCAGAGGAUAACUAAAUACCCUCUUCUUCUCUCCCGUUUGUACAAAGUGACUCCAACGCACAUAAUUGGUAAAGAAGCAAUUAAAGAAGCACAACAUAAUAUAGAACUUCACCUUGAACACAUUAAUUAUUUAGCAAAAGAUAUUAGCACAAAUAAAUUAUGGAGGAGAAUAUCUAUAACAAACGGGAGAAGAGGUAAUGAAGAAACUGACAUGACCAACAUCAAACUCAGGAAGAUAGCGGUGGAUGUUUUGGAAUGGACGCAUGAGGAAGUUAGAUUUGCGAUGGAAGGAAAGCUACUCUAUACACAACCUACUGAUGGGAAUUGGAAGAGAAGAGCCACAAUCAAACUGACACCUGUUAAUGCACUGCUUGUUACCCUAGGAAAGCCAACAGAUGAUUACCAACCAGAUACGGAUGACCCUCUUGUUUUUCCAAGACAAAAUGGAAUCAGGGAUGCAACUCUAGUACUGAUGAAAGAAAAGGGAGGAAGAUAUUCCUUGCUUAGGGAACCAUUGUUUCUCGACCGAUGCAUAGUGUGUACAGAAGGAGAUUUAGAAGAUUAUUUUGAAGUUCAAGAAUUACCAACUAAAGAUUCUUACAUAUUUAAGGCUGAUGAUGGUGAGACUACAAAAAGGUGGUACAGACAACUCCAAUACCAUGCACAAGGAGUUGGUUCCUGGAGGAAACGAAGAAAUGCUCUCGCCAAUAUUAUGAUUAAUGGAAUGAUUAACAGAUCGUGA